AUGCAGUCUCUCGGGAACAGCAGCGAUGCUGCCUCCCAACGGCCACCUUCUGCUCAGGGCAGUAUGGGAAGUGCCAAGGCAACGACACCAGUGAAGCCACCAGGGACAGCUGACGUAAAGCCACGUCUGACCAAAGAGCAACAUGACAUCCUUGAGCGCCAUUUCCAGAACCACCACAAACCCAGUACCAGCACGAAGAAGGGCUUUGCGGAAAAUCUCGGGGUUCCUCUGGACAAGAUUAACAACUGGUUCCAAAAUCGGAGAGCAAAAGUGAAGCAGGAUUUGAAAAAGCAAAUGAAUCAGUAUAACAUGCAGAUGGGGUUAUACAAUCAGCCACAAGUACCAGGAGCACCGCCGAUGCAGAUGCCCGCUCACGCGUCGAUGCCACACUUCGCUCAGCAUAUGGAACAAGCGCAGACUCAAAUGUCUCUCGCCCCGGGGUAUUUUGCCGUUAAUGCCGAUAUCAGUCCUGCGACUAUGCCUGUGCAAAAUGUCGAUCAACCGUCAGCUCUAAACAUAGGCCCAAGCCAACAGCAGAUGAUGCUCCAGCAGCAAUACGAUAUGCACCAUUCUUUGCGCUCGAUCCCCGAGGCUGAGCGAGGAAACUCCUAUCACCCAAAUGCGGUCAUGCAUUCAAUCAUGGCAGCCACUGCUGGGCCAUCUUACAUGCAAAGCAAUACGGUUCCUAUGCAACAGCAGGGUUCAAAUUAUGCCUUCGACAACGCCCCGAAUGGUCUGCCCGGCGACGGUCCGUUCUCCAUGCCAAACGAUAUGUCCGCCGUGGCCGACACGCCCGAAGACGACCAAUUCGGUGGUUUCCAGGACUACCUGUCAUAUCUACCCAUCAUCUCCACCGCACCUACCGACUUGCAGAUCACUGCAGGGUCCUUGUCGGCGGAUGACUCGCCUUACUCUGGCACUCAGUCGAACACAACGAAUCCAUCGUCUAUUGAGCCAAACGCUGGUUCAGUCGCGUCCCUCACGUCGAAGUACUCUGGUUGGACUGACACGAAUGGCGAUGCGGAGACCAAACAAGAGAACGACACUGAUGACUUCUUUGCUAGCCCCUACAACAUGCCGCAGGCGUCCGCUUCCGAGGCGAACUUCUGGGGACCAAACACGCAGUCUCAGGCAGCCCUGCGCCCUGACAUGUACCAGCAAUCCAACGCUUCCGCGCAUGCUAUUCUCUCGUCGCCACACAACAGCGGACGCUCGCUUAGCACAGGGCCUGCGGACUACGAGACUCCCAGUUUCGGAGACGAGAUAUUCACACGACGCAACUCGUCAACGAGCAAUCUCGCCUCGAACAUUGAAGCAAUCCAUAUCCAGACACCAGAGGGCUUCCGAUCACCCACCCAGUCUAGCAUAGCUGCUCGGAGGCAGAAACGCCCGGCCACCCUCAACGCAAAUUCUUUCAGGAGCGCUUCAUACAGCGGCAGUAUGCCCUCGCCCGGCAACAACAACAACAACAGCGAUCACACGCUUCGGAGGAUUCGAUCUUCCGGUAUUGGCAAUCCAGGCCGCGUCCAGAAGCCACAGCCAGGCUCCGCGCAGCGCUCGCCUAUGUCCUUGACCUUCUCAGAGGCUGCAUCUUCACCAAAGUUCCAGAGGACUCUAUCGUCUUCGAGUAUUACUACUGUAGGUCACGGUGGUAGCAUGGCUCCACCAACGCCGCAGACGCCUAAUGAGCCUGGUCGUUUCCCUUACUGGCAGAGCAAUCCGACAAUCAGGACGUCUAUGCCGGAUCACAGUUCUCCGGAGAGCAUGGCCGCAAGCUGGGCCAUGGAGCAGGCAGGUUCUUUUAUGGGAGAAUCCCCUCCUUCGCUAGAGGCAGCGCAACUACAUCAAGCUCGACUUGGUGGUGAAAUGUAUCGCGACACUCCACCGCAGUCUGCACCGGCUACACAGCAGGGCUUUCCACGCCAGAACAUGAUGCAACCCCCGCGAAUGAGGGCUGCAUGUCACUCUAGCACCGACCUAACCCUGCAGCAGCCUAAGCCCAGCCAUUUUAGGAGACCAUCGCUUCCUGUCGACGCGCAAGGGCAAGGCGAGGACCCCAACGCCCUUUUCGGUUCCUCUUACGGUGGAUUCAACUACGACGAUAUCUCAUUGAGUGGUAUUCAGCACAACGUGCCGUUUGCGCCACCUGUCUCCGCCAUGCCGGACUUUUUGGUCAACCAAUAUAUCCCUCCAGGGGAUGGGAUUCAUGGGCACAUGCGACGCACCACUGCGCCCGAGGCCAAGAACUAUAUUUUUGCCAAUCAAGGUCCGCGCGACUUCCGCUCCUGA